UUACCCAUAUUGUUUCAUCAGACAAGUACCUGUAGUAUGUUUAAUCAACCUUAAACCUUUAACUAAAUGGAAUAUUACAUUCUUCAUUUAGAGUACAACAUUACUUGUAAUAAAGAAGAAUUUGUUAAGCUGAGGACAACCCCAGAUGUCCCUCCAGGCUUUGUUUCAGACAUGCCACAUGGGCCGGCAUUUGGGUAAGAACCACCAAUUUUCUCAAUGCCAGCUGGACGACUUUAUCACAUUCAAGAAUUAUACAUCCCAAGCAAGACUUUUAACCCACAGUGGUGAAGGGUGUACAGGAAAAAGUGAAACCGGAUUUAAAGAUUGAAGUUAUAAGCUGCACACAAGGACAUAAAAUGAACAUUCUACAAAUUCUAUGCUGUACUGUUCUUUUAGUACAUAUUGUGGGUGCAACCAGUACUGACUGUACAACCAAGAUUUAUCUGAGCGAAAACGGUUCUUUUUCUUGUUAUCCUUGCCCACCUGGAUUUUACGUUGACAAGGAGUGCAUGGAAAAUGCCACUAACAAUAAAUGUAAACCAUGCCCUACUGGUGAAUUUCAUUCCACAUGUGCUACCACAUCAAAGACGUGUCAAAAAUGUGGUGAUUGUCAAAAUAAACAGAUAAUUACAAGGAAGUGCACAACAACUAAGGACAUUACAUGUGCAUGUGAGAAGGAAUAUCCUUACUGGGACAUACUUGAAAAUGCGUGUAAAAGCACAUGUCAACCCGGCAAGAAAACCCGAGUUGAUGAAAGUAAAGGCUUACUAUGUCUACCAUGCGAGGCAGAAACAUUUUCAAAUGAAGUAAACUCUAGCAAAUGUGAACCAUGUUCCAAGUGUCAAGAUUACAAGAAAAACUGCACGAAAACAUCUGAUGCUCUCUGCAAUCAACUCACUACAAAGACUGACACUACAGACAAUGUGACCAGUCCAACAAAUAUAACAAAUAACACAAAUACAACAACACCAAGCACAUCUGCAACAUCAACGACAGAAAGUUCAAGCACAUGUGAAGAAUGUGACAAUACUGCAACAAUAAUAGUUUCGAUCAUACUUGGUAUUAUAGGCUUUUCCUUUCUGGCAGUAUUAUUCAUAAUGUACAGAAAUGGCCUCUGUAAAUAUCUUCGGAAUCCAUGUGGCAGGAAACCUGAUAAUAGCCCAGAGGCAGAAGAACUUAUGCCACCAAGCAAUGGACGUCAUUCAUCUUCUGAUCCAUCAGCAGCACCACAACCUGCUCGAUUAGCAGCACCACAACCUGCUCCAUCAGCAGCAACACAACCUGCUCCACCAAUAGCACCACAACCUGCUCCACCAAUAGCACCACAACCUGCUCCACCAACAGCACCACAACCUGCUCCACCAACAGCAACACAACCUGCUCCAUUAGCAGCAACACAAUCUGCUCCAUCAGCAGCACCACAAUCUGCUCCUUUAGCAGCAACACAACCUGCUCCAUCAGUAGCACCACAACCGGCUCCAUUAGCAGCACCACAACCGGCUCCAUUAGCAGCAACACAUCCUGCUCCAUUAGCAGCAACACAAUCUGCUCCAUCAGCAGCACCACAAUCUGCUACAUCAACAGCAACACAACCUGCACCAUUAACAGGAACACAACCUGCUCCAUUAGCAGCAACACAACCUGUUCCAUUAGCAGCAACACAAUCUGCUCCAUCAGCAGCACCACAAUCUGCUACAUCAACAGCAACACAACCUGCUCCAUUAACAGCAACACAACCUGCUCCAUUAACAGCAACACAAUCUGCUCCAUCAGCAGCAACACAAUCUGCUCCAUCAGCAGCACCACAAUCUGCUCCGUCAGCAGCAACACAACCUGCUCCAUCAGUAGCAACACAAUUGGCUCCAUUAGCAGCACCACAACCCACUCCAUUAGCAACAACACCACCUGCUCCAUUGGCAGCAACACAAUCUGCUUCACCAACAGCAACACAAUCUGCUCCAUUAGCAGCAACACAAUCUGCUCCAUCAGCAGCAAAACAACAUGCUCCAUUAGCAGAAACACAAUCUGCUCCAUCAGCAGCAACACAACUUGCUCCAUUAAGAGCACCACAACCUGCUCCAUCAACAGCACCACAAUCUACUUCAUCAACAGCAACACAACCUGCUCAAUUAGCAGCAACAGAAUCUGCUACAUCAACAGCAUCACAACCUUCUCUAUCAACAGCACCACAACCUGUUCAACCAACCGCAUCACAGCCUGCUCCAUCAGCACCACUACAAUCUGCUUCAUCAACAGCAACACAUCCUGCUCCAUUAGCAGCAACAGAAUCUGUUACAUCAACAGCAACACAACAUUCUCAAUCAACAGCAUCACAAUCUGCUCCACCAACAGCAACACAACCUGCUCCAUUAACAGUAACACAAUCUGCUCCAUUAGCAGCAACACAAUCUGCUCCAUCAGCAGCAACACAACCUGCUCCAUCAGUAGCAACACAACCUGCUCCAUCAGUAGCAACACAACCGGCUCUAUUAGCAGCACCACAACCCGCUCCAUUAGCAACAACACAAUCUGCUCCAUUAGCAGCAACACAAUCUGCUCUACCAACAGCACCACAACCUACUUUACCAACAGCAACACAAUCUGCUCCAUUAGCAGCAACACAAUCUGCUCCAUCAGCAGCAACACAACCUUCCCCAUUAGCAGGAACACAAUCUGCUCCAUCAGCAGCAACACAACUUGCUCCAUUAAGAGCACCACCAUCUGCUCCAUCAACAGCAACACAACCUACUCCAUCAGUAGCAACAGAAUCUACUACAUCAACAGCAACACAACCUUCUCAAUCAACAGCAACACAUCCUGCUCCAUUAGCAGCAACACAACCUGCUCCAUUAGCAGCAACACAUCCUGCUCCAUCAACAGCAACACAACCUGCUCCAUUAGCAGCAACAGAAUCUUCUACAUCAUUAGCAACACAACCUUCUCAAUCAACAGCAACACAUCCUGCUCCAUUAGCAGCAACACAACCUUCUCAAUUAGCAGCAACAGAAUCUGCUACAUCAACAGCAACACAACCUGCUCCUUCAACAGCGACACAACCUGCUCCAUUAGCAGCAACAGAAUCUGCUACAUCAACAGCAACACAACCUGCUCCUUCAACAGCGACACAACCUGCUCCAUUAGCAGCAACAGAAUCUGCUACAUCAACAGCAACACAACCUGCUCCAUUAGCAGCAACACAAUCUUCUAUAUCAACAGCAACACAACCUGCUCCAUCAAUAGCAACACAUCCUGCUCCAUCAACAGCACCACUAACUAAUCCAUCAACAGCAAAACAACCUGUUCCACCACAAUCUAAUCCAAUUCCCUUACCAGAACUGGUAUUACCAAAAACAAUAUCAUCAGCAUCACCACAACCUGUACCAACACCUAUAACAUCAUCUGCUCAGACACCAGCAACAUCAUCUUCAUCUACACAUGCAGCAUCAUUUAUUUCAACAGAGACGGCAUCCUCUGAACAGACUGCUGCAGUGCCAACAGUUUUAAAAGGAGUUACACCAUUUGGUUCUACACCAACAGAAUUAACACCUGAAGACACAAUUUCUCUUAGUGAAAAACGAGCUACUUCAUGUGUGAAAGAAUUACCUGGUGAGAGCUAAGAUGAUCUCAUUUACAUCCUACCGAUACUGGACAAGAAGAAAAACAUUUUGGUCUUCCCGGUCUAUCAAAUGUCAAGACUUACUAAAUCAUGAAAACUACUUUUGUUUGAUACAUGUUUAAACUCAGUAAUUCUUGCAUACAAGACAUGGAUUUCCUGUAUUUUCACUGGUGCUGGAAAAAUCCAUCUUUCACCCCAGGAUGUAAGAUGACUCGAGCUGUAAAUUACAAACUACGUACUUGUAGUAGAUUUAUGUAGUAUAGUAGACAAUCUUUUAUGGUAUAUUUGUUCAUCUUUCGCUGUGUUAAAGUGCAUUUAAUUCCGUUCAAAGUUACACCUUAAAUCACAAAACAAUGUGCAAAAAAGAAAACAUUUCAGUGCAAAGUUAUGUUCUGGUCAAAGUUAUGGAUACUAGUCUUUCUGUUUCUCUUAUAACUAUGUAUACAGUAAAUCACCUUCAAUGGUUUUAAUGUCAUUCUCAUAAGUAUCAAAAUACUAAAAAAAUCAAAGGCACUGGCAUCCAGCUUGUUCAACAACAGAAAAGAAAAAGAGCUGCCGGAAGAAAGCAAUGCUCGACUAUUCAACAGCCUUGUUAAUUGAAUGAAGGCAGAAGUCGAACAAGAGGGCCAAGAUGGCCCUAGGUCGCUCACCUGUUUAACACACCAUAUCAGUGUAAACAUGUUUUACCUAUUGAUUUCAUGAGGACAAAUACUCUGACCAAUUUUCAUUAAGAUUGGCCUCUUGAGUGUAAACAAGCAUUUUCUUUGAUUUGACUUAAUGACCUAGUUUUUGACCCAACGUGACCCAGAUUUGAAAUCAUCUAAGACUUCAUAACAACAAACACUCUGACCAAAAUUUAUGAACAUAGAAUCAAAAAUGUGCCCCCAAGGGUGUAAAAAAGCUUAUUCUCUAACAUUCUGACCAAGUUUCAUGCACAUCCAAUGAAAGAGUGUUAACAAGCUUUUCCUUUGAUUUGACUGGGUGACCUAGUUUUUUACCCUAUAUGACCCAGUUUCAAACUUGGCCUAGAAAUCACCAAAAUAAACAUUCAGACCAAGUUCUAUGAAGAUAGGGUCAUAAAUGGGGCAGCGUAACCUUGUUAACAAGCUUUUCCUUUCAUCUGACCUGAUGACCUAGUUUUUGACCCAACAUGACCCAGUUUCAAUCCAGGCCUAGAGAUUCUAAAGAUAAUCAUUCUGUGCAAGUUUUAUAAAAUCAAAGCAUAAAUGAAACCUCUAUAUGGCUGAAAUGGCUAAAAUUGAAAAAGGGGCAUAAUUUUAUUAAAAAGCAAAAUAGAGUUAUGGAACCUGUGCAAUGUAAGUCAGUUUAUCAUAGUUAAUAAGUAUCUGAAGUUUUGAUCCAUUCCCACAAGUGGUUACCGAGAUACCAGCUUACAUCCAAAAACUUAACCAAACUGGGACGCCGACAUAGAUGAGGAUGCUGACACACGGGGGAGUCAAAUGGAUCUCCUAUUCUUUGAAUAGUUCAGCUAAAAAACUUAGGUAUCAGAACAUUAUAUCCUAUAAAUGCUAUAUUACUUAUGAAAGCUUUGAAAUUUAAAUACUGACAGAUUAUAUGUCAUGGAAACACAAAAUUUUUGUUUUCACCAAAUCAAAAAGUGUUUGUAAUGCUUGACUCGAAGUAAACUGCAUUUUUAUAAAUAUUAGGUUUUGAUUUUACAACUACGGUAUAUAUUCAAUGCAUGCAACUACAUAGUUUGAAUAACUUUUUAAUUACUAUGUUUUGAAUUAUGCUUCUGCAGACACAUACAAAAGAAUCUUAUGCAUACCCUUAUCCAUGCAAGUAUCUUAUUCUUGCUUAAAGAUUAAAAUAUUUAACAACAGGGACUUGAUUGGUCUUUCUUGCAUGCUAGACAUGAUUUUCCCAUGAUUUUGACAGUGCUGGAAAAACUCAUCUUACACCCCAGUGCUGCAAUUUAUGAAUAAAUGCAUAAAUUCAUGUGCUACAAUAAUAAAAUUGUGCUUAA